AGGUCAAAUUCCCAGAUGUUAGUCAGGGGAAAUGUUUUUAAAACAAUACACAUACAUAUGAGGGGAUAUCAUUCUGUCGCAAUGAUGUGAGUGGAUGGUUAUAGCCUACUCACAUACUGCGAUGAGACAACGGAUCGCUGAUAAAUGUUAUCAUUUAGAAAGAGAGCAAAACGGGUAGAUUUGGGGACCUGAUGAUUUUACGAGAGAAGAUUCCGAGAAUUUAGAGAUGAUUCAUAAUUGUCCGCAUUAAAUCGUAAAAAUACUAUGCAUUAGCAGUUGAUGUGUUCGAGUACGUGUGAAACCACGUCACGUUUCAAUGCUCCUGGUAAACCAGAAGUUUGGCGUGUCAGAUCUGGAGAGACCCUCGAACAACACGGACGCGCAAAAUCGCUUUGGCAUAUUUCUUGGGGUAGUGGUGGACAUUCACUCAAGAUGUCUCAUUGCACAAUAAAAUAGUGUUGUUUUCGACAUACACGGAAGGACCUGAUAACAUCGCAGGUUUUGCGCUACAUUCGGAUUAUUGAAUCAUUUAAGGAAAAAAUGCACUGGGAGUAGGCAGUAUGGAUUGCAACGAAAGCCAAACCUUCCCCAGAAAGGAUUUGCCUGCGGUACACUGAAAGUGCAGGAAAUGCUUAUGGGAACUAUCAAUUCCUUAACUAUAAGGAUAUCAUUGCCAGACGCUCUAUCAUGACUGAUGGCGAAGGGAGAGAACACUUUCACUUCUUGGAGAGCGAUGGGGAGAGAGGACCCAUUUCGGCUCUGUACCGGGCGCCCGGUCAGGGCGAAGACACUGGCGAUGAAGUGGAGAGGGGUAGCACAUGGACCCCUGUCCCCGAGUCUACUCGGGCGCAGGGUUCCAGCGGGCGCGACCCAACUCCGGAUCUGGCGUCGGAUGAUGAGGAGCUGCCUCCUUACCCGGCUCUUGCGCCUGUUGUGUUUUUCUGCAUGAAACAGACAACUCGACCACGUAGCUGGUGUCUAAGAAUGGUUUGUAAUCCGUGGUUCGAGCACAUCAGCAUGCUGGUCAUCCUACUGAACUGUGUGACGCUGGGCAUGUACCAGCCCUGUGAAGACAUGAAGUGCGAGUCUAAGUGGUGCAUCACCCUGCAGGUGUUAGACGACUGCAUCUUCGCCUUCUUCGCCAUAGAGAUGUUCAUUAAGAUGGUGGCCCUGGGGAUCUGGGGAUCCAAGUGUUAUCUGGGCGACACAUGGAACCGCCUGGACUUCUUCAUCGUGAUGGCAGGGAUGAUGGAGUACUCACUGGACGGUCACAACGCCAGCCUGUCAGCCAUCCGGACUGUGCGAGUGCUCCGGCCCCUCCGAGCCAUUAACAGAGUCCCCAGUAUGAGGAUACUGGUGACUCUUCUCCUCGAUACUCUGCCUAUGUUAGGCAACGUCCUUCUCCUGUGCUUUUUUGUCUUCUUUAUUUUCGGCAUUGUCGGGGUGCAACUGUGGAACGGGCUGCUGAGGAACAGGUGUUUUAUGGAAGAGGAUACCAUAAAGGCCAUGUCUAAUCUAUCCUUCACGAGCUCCUUCUACAUGGAUAAGGAGGACGAGGAUGGCCCCUUCAUCUGCUCCUCGCCGAAAGAGAACGGCAGGCGCCACUGCAACGAAGUGCCCCCCUCCAAGGAGGGCAACGUGACGUGCAUGCUGGAGGCACCGCUCUACGGCUACGCCCACCAUGUUGUGAGCGCGGGCAGCAGGAACGUCUGCAUCAACUGGAACCAGUACUACAACGUGUGCCACACCGGGGACUUCAACCCGCACAACGGGGCAGUGAACUUUGACAACAUUGGCUAUGCUUGGAUUGCUAUUUUCCAGGUAGGUCUGACCGGAGUGAUGGGGGUGUGUGUGUGUUUCUAUGUACAGCCUGAUGCGCUUACAGACAUCCUGGAGAUCAGCAACAUCGUUUUCACCAGCAUGUUCGUCCUGGAGAUGCUCUUCAAACUCCUAGCCUUUGGCUUCUUCGGCUACAUCAAGAACCCCUACAACAUCUUUGAUGGGAUCAUUGUUGUCAUCAGUGUGUGGGAGAUCAUCGGGCAGGCGGACGGGGGUCUGUCGGUGCUGCGGACGUUCCGUCUGCUGCGCGUGCUGAAGCUUGUGCGCUUCCUGCCGGCCCUGCGCAGACAGCUGGUGGUGCUGAUGAAGACCAUGGACAACGUGGCCACCUUCUGCAUGCUCCUCAUGCUCUUCAUCUUCACCUUCAGUAUUCUUGGAAUGCAUCUGUUUGGAUGCCAAGUUCAGCCAGAUUCUGACCAAGAGGACUGGAAUGUCGUGCUGUAUAACGGCAUGGCCUCCACCACGCCCUGGGCGGCUCUCUACUUUGUGGCCCUGAUGACCUUUGGGAACUACGUCCUGUUCAUCUGCUGGUGGCCAUCCUUGUGGAAGGCUUUCAAGCUGAGGGGUUCUGAGCCGAAAGAGCGUGACUGCAACAGUUUCAGAGUCUUUUCGGAGUCUUGCUCGGUUGAUUUCCUUCAGAAUGUCUCUAUAGUUGCCCCUGGGGCUGUUCGGGGAGAUGCUUGUGAGAAGUCAGAGGCCGAUGACGAGAAGGGCUCUUCGAAUUUCGAGGAGGAGGAGAGGGUGGGAGAGCUGCGUGACAGAGGUGGUCCGUCCCCCUCAGGGCUGUUCGGUGCUGUCUGUAUUGCGCUGGAGGUGUGGGAAGGUUUCGUUUCACCGCCAUGCUCUCCGCUCCCGUCCCCGUCCCCGUCCCCUCCACAGAGCUGA